CAUAACCAGUAUAUGUUUUGGUUGUUAUACCUUGGAUUUUUGCACGUUAAAGUCGCAUCACGAGUUAGUCGACGUAAGUUCAAAAAGAAAUUAUGUUGAGGAUAAAAGGGAUUGAACUUAUUAAUAUAAAUGGUUACAAGAGUAUAUAAAUAAUAUUAGUAAGUGGCGGAAGAUUUGGAGGGUGAACGAAUCAAAGAAGCAUGAGUUUCGUCAAAAGUCGGCAAGUUGGGAAUAUGAUAACUUGUACUUUUGGGUGAGAUUAGGAGCUCUUCACAUGCUAAGAAAAUAAUAAUAUGAAGUAUUUGAAUUUUAUAAUGGUCUUUUAUUAAGUUUGGAAGUCAAACGAGUUGUAAUACGAAAGUCGACAAAGGGCGUCGCAAGUUAAGUUUGUAAAUUUCAGUGAAAUUUGGGUCAGAUAUCUCGGAGCUUUUCUCUCAAUCUACUUGGAGUUACGGGGUGAUCCACCUACCAAAUCAAAGGUCUACGAGUCUAGUUUCCAGCGCAUUUUACCGUUCGUCAAUACGACAUCGGAAUAGAGAGAUAUUCGCGUUUUCGUCCAAGGACGCAAACUGCUGCGUGAACAGUGAACAUAGUCGGUGCAUUUAUCUUGCCCCUAUAUAUAUAUAUACAUACCUUGGACGAAAUUUCCUUCAUUUUCUUCACCAUAAAAGGACCAGCAAACCCUAAGCAAUAUUCUCAAACUUCUCCCAUCAAUCACAAACACUCCUUAAAGCAAAUCAAACAACUUCAACAUGGAGAAAACCAUGGCAAUUACGGAAUUGUGAUUUCUUCGCUAAUUUGCUUCUCGGAUAAGAACUUCACCUUGAAGUAACUUGGAGUUUGGAGUGAUUUUGAUCAUCUAAGGAAAUCCUUCAUAAGGCACUCGAGGACUCGGGAAACAUAUAUAACUCCAUCGACGAGCUCCCCAAGGCCUAGAAGUUAUGACUGGGACUACAGAUGGAUGGACUACCCGGAGCAUGUUAGAAACAAGAGACACCCACAUGACCUGUCAUUGUCUACUUAUAAAGGCCACUCAGUCUUGCGCACUCUUAUACGCUGUUAUUUCUCUCCUGCACAUAGCACAGGGCAAAAGUUCAUCUACACUGGAUCAAGCGAUUCUUCUGUUUAUAUCUAUGAUGUGGUGAGUGAAGCUCAGGUUGCAAAACUUGAUUACCAUCAGGAACCGGUGAGAGAUUGCAACUGGCAUCCUUACCACCCUAUGCUCGUUAGCUCUACAUGGGACGGUAUCAGUGCUAACUGGGAGUUUCCUGGUACUGGUACAAGCCCAUUGCCAGUGAAGCCGCGGGCCAGACGAUGGAGGCGAUCUUAAAUUGCAUGCAGAAAGAUGUUUUUGGAGUACACUGAUUGAAAUUUGCAAAGCUCAAAUAUGUCCAUGUCCUUUCUGCAUUGGCAGAUGUUCUGCUAUAGAUAUGUUACGCACAUGUACAUGUGUAAAUUUGCAUCACUAUACUUCCGUUGUCCCUAACGGGAUAGUCCAAUGGCCAAUAGGUCAGAACUGUAAUUUCACGAGUUCAAAUCCUAAUGGUUGCCUAGUUGGGCAUACUCAACAGAGACUGUUAGUACUAUUAUGUGAAAAGGGUGUAUUGUACUGUGAUUCUUAUGAGUUAAUAUUACAAAGAGUUGUUAAAGAUUUUGUGAGAGACUCCUGUAAAAAAUUACAUUUACAUUCACCUAAUAAUCAAAUGUAUGUCAUGUAGUACUUUUUGUGCAUGAACUUUUAUU